AAAUAGAUAUUGUUACUGUGUAGUAAACUUUGUGUAGAUACGUAGCUAUUAGAGCAUAGUGCUGGUUUGUUUGUUAUCCACGGACACAUGCUUUCAAUGUGCUGCUGGUUAUAACCCGAGUAUAGCCUCCUAGGCCCACGAUGGGUAGCCUACUUUGUCUUUUGUUCAUCUUGUGUGUGUGUGUGUGUGUGUGUGUGUGUGUGUGUGUGUGUGUGUGUGUGUGUGUGUGUGUGUGUGUGUGUGUGUGUGUGUGUGUGUGUGUGUGUGUGUGUGUGUGUGUGUGUGUGUGUGUGUGUGUGUGAAGAGGGGAUCUUUUGGAAAACAAAAGGUGAGUCUCGGGUGAAACGGUGCGGAUGGAUAAAGCAAAGACAACACAAUGAUGACACUUUUGUUCAUUUAUCAGAGGGGUUGUACAGAAUACCAACCGUAGGCUAUUCGUUUUUUUUUGUAUUCUUCAUACGUUUAAGAUAUUUGUAUACAUAUCUAAACCUAUUUGUUAUGCACAUGAAUAAUGAUGUGAUACAUUGUAAUUGUAACAUAAAUGAUCACACAUGGCAUAAAGAUGUAGGUAUGCCCCCCCCGCGCCCUUUAUGUAUUAUUUAUUCUUCCAUGGCAUGAUAAUGUCCUGUCUUCAUAAUAAUUACUGAAUUAGUUAAGAUAUUAGAUAGGGCUCAAAAGGUCAAAAAAGAGGUGCUCAGAAUACCGAGCUCACUGGGCACCGGUCUGUCUAGUUUACCUUAUAUUCAGACCAAGUCAAAUGCAGGGCUGCUGAGAAUGGGAUAUGGAUUAAACUGUUUUACCACAGUAUACACUCUCCACCGGUUCAAAUAGUGAACUGCAACAGCAAAUUAGCGAAUAAGACCUAGAUGGACACACCUGAUGACAGUGAAGGUUGUCAUCACUGUUGACCUUAUUCUCCUCUUCCUUCUCCUCGUCCUCUGCUCUCUGACAUGACGCUGCUGUGUGAUGCAGUGCCAUCAGACGCAAGCAGUCACCUCCUGCCUCCUGCACCCUGCUUAUACCAGGCCCUGGUAUCUGAUUGGCUACUUCUAUAUUUACCAACUUUAUUUUUGAGGAAGGUCCUGCUUUGAAUGUGUCGAGGAUUAAACCCACUGAGGUUUUAAUGCGUGCGUGCGUGUGUGUUCGUGCAUAUGUGCAUGUUUGUUUGUUAAAUAACGUCUGGCUAGUUAUCAGUUUAGUUUUUUUCUUUCACAUAAAAAGAGGAAAUGCUCGGUGAGGGUUAGAGUCGCGUAUCGAGUGUACGUGUCCCUGGUCAUACCAAUGAAAACAAUGCGUGUUUGCUGAUAAAAAGAGGACGUUGAAUCUGCAGUGUAACUGAAUAGCCGGCCUUUGUGGAAUGAUAGCCUAUGCAAACCACAAUAGGUUUCAAAGUUGACUUUUACUUCCCCACAUGUGUUUGGUAACCCUUUCACUCCAGAAAAAAUCCAUAGUUCCUUAUUAUCUGGGCAAACAGCCCCAUUCGAGACGUAAUCUCUUACCGACUAAUCAAAGCCGUGUCUUCAGCAAAUAGCCUGGCGAAUAGCGAGUCAACAUCAGGGACGAGUGAUUGCGCAAUAUUUGUCACGGAAGAGGCUGGCUUGGGAACUGUAAUAAGGGAACUGCUUGUUGUAAAGUAGACACUGUCUUUGAAACAAACCAACUUCAGGUGUAUCAUAUAUGAAAAGGUAUUUGCUGGAAAAUGCAAGCUCCAACCACCGUACCUGGGAGCAGCUUCACCACUGACAAGGCCAACGUAACCAAGUCCCAGGAACAGAUUCUUAUUCAGAGCUCCGGAGCGAUGGUAGCAGUCAUCGUAUUAGGCGUUAUCAUUAUUCUGGCAAUUCUGCUCAUCAUCCUAAAGACCUACAACAAGCACACCCACGUGUCUAGAAUGCUGGGCACCUCCAAAUCACGGCAGAAGCUGUCCUCGGCGUCCACAGCAGUUACCCAGCCGACCUACACGGCCGCGGGGAACCCAGAGAUCUCCUCCGUGUCGGGUAGCGUCGUCCACCGCUACGGCUCGACGCGCGAGAACGGCUUCCACGCCGCGGAGCUGAGCGACACGCAGCUCAACGACAUAGAGAUGUUCAGCACGCACAGCGGCUCCACCGUGGUCACGAUACACGACCCCAUGUCGCUGGAGAACACAUAGAAGGAGGUGCCAGGACAGUGACUUUGAAUCCGUUUUGGUGCAACAGAAGGAAGUCCAUGUAAAUAUACUCAAGGAUCCAUUGACCGAAUUUGUGUGUGUGUGUGUGUGUGUGUGUGUGUGUGUGUGUGUGUGUGUGUGUGUGUGUGUGUGUGUGUGUGUGUGUGUGUGUGUGUGUGUGUGUGUGUGUGUGUGUGGGUGCAUGUUCGAGCGCUACCUGUUUUCUCGUGAAACAUACUGUACAGGGGCCGACUGAAUACUGUGUGAAAAAUGAAGGCACCGAAUGAAAUGUCUUGUGUGAAGGAAUAUUUAUCAACUGAGCCGCUGACUAUGAUGGCACAGAUUAUGAGGCAGAGUCUAUUAAGGAACACAUUACAAAAAUACAAAACAACAUGGAAACAAAUACACAAAUCAUACAUACAUAAUAAAUAUACUGUACAUGAAGUCAGAUAAUUAAAGCAGAACUUUUUGGUUGAAGGAUUAAAAAUGAUAUUUUUAUAAGUUGAUAGAGACUGAAGUCAGUGUACGGAAAUAUGAAAGAACGUAAUAGUUCAACUGUCGUGUACCAAGGGGGAUUUAUUACACGCUUUCUUUCACAAAAAAGGUGACUUGGGUGUAUGUGUUGUGCAAUAUCAUCCUAGGUGUGUCCUGACAGGUUUCAUGUCCCAGGGUUAUUCUCGAGUCUAGCGUGACCCUAAAAUGGCAGAUGGAAGAAAUAUAUAAUGUUGGCAGAUGGUUAAUGGCCGUACCAUGCCUGUAUAUAUUAAACAUAUAUACAAAUCAA